UCCCACAAUGCCUCGGUGUGUGCUGUUUGCUGAGCCGUCGCUCCAACAAUGCAGCUUUUAAUGGUGCUGUGAGUGGGAACCGAAAACGCGUAACACCGCAGGCUGGUCCCGGACAGUGCAGUUGCGAAAAAUUAAUGCAAUAUUCCACAACGCCCACGAUUUGACAAUCCGAGCGGACGUCUUUUGCUGCGUUUGGGCACGUCAUGGAGUUUGAUACUGGGUUCCUAAAUUGAAAGGAGGAGGAGAAUGAAGAGACCGUACCUCUGGAAGAGUCCCAGAUCAGUGUCCAGAAUAUGAUCACAUUCCAGAUAGACGCCACUGGCCCGCCAAGCAAUCCCACUGACCUGUGAGCAGCCAUGCCCGCCAUGUAUCACCCAUCGAGGGGCACCCCUCCUCACAUACGGGACUGUGUUCUGACAUAGAUCUGGCAUAUAACAAAAAAUCACCAUAGCAAUGGCUUUAGCUUGUUUAGACUAUGAAAUCUCAGAAUACAGGUGAGGCUUACCCUCUAUUUAACACCCAAAAGACCCUUGAGAGGAAACAAACCGCCUCAGAUGACCUUUACUGAAGGACAAAGCUAGACACCAGCUCUGAUGAUUUAGUAUCCCUUUACCUUGCUGACAAGGUCGUACCAUGGCUGCUGCUGAUCCACAUAGCAACGGUUCCUUGGGUUGGCGAGGAACAGACUGAGAGAGUAAACGAUGCAGCGUAACGGUGGCGGGGUGGGUGCCAGCGGCCAGCCAUGGGUGCUGCGUCGUGUGCGCCUCACCUGGCUCAGUUUCAUGCUCUUCUUCAUCUUGGUCUUCUUCCCACUGAUCGCCCACUACUACCUCACUACCAUCGAUGAGGCUGGGGGUCCAGAUAAGCGGAUCUUUGGUCCACGGCCUGGUGGAGAGCUGUGCGAAGCGAAACACGUGCAGGACCUGUGCCGCAUCCGAGAGUCAGUCAGUGAGGAGCUGCUUCAGCUGGAGGCCAAGAGGCAGGAGCUGAAUGGAGAGAUCGCCCGGCUCAACCUGCGCAUCGAGGCCUGCAAGCGCAGCAUAGACAGUGCCAAGCAAGAUCUCCUGCAGCUGAAGAAUGUCAUCAGCCAGACGGAGCACUCAUAUAAGGAGCUAAUGGCCCAGAACCAGCCUAAAUUGUCCCUGCCUGUCAGGCUGCUGCCAGACAAAGAUGACCCGGGCCUGCCCCCACCCAAGUCUGCCCGUGCCUGCCGCCUGCGUUCCUGCUUCGACUAUGCCCGCUGCCCUCUUACCUCUGGGUUUCCAGUGUAUGUCUAUGAUACAGGAUCCUAUUCCUGGGGAGAGUAUAUUGACCCGCUGGUUAAGCAGGCUUUUGUAGCAUCAGUGAAGAGCAACAUUUACAUAACUGAUAACCCCAGCAUUGCCUGUCUAUAUGUGGUACUAGUAGGAGAGCUGCAGGAGUUCCCCUCCUCCCCACUGCCAUCUCCUGCAGAGCUGGAGAAGCAAUUGAAGGCCCUUCCUUACUGGAGGUCUGAUGGACACAACCAUUUACUGGUGCACCUCUCUAGGAAGUCCCUGACACAGAACUUCUUGUACAAUGUGAGCACAGGACGGGCAGCCAUGGCCCAGUCCACCUUCCUUGAACAGCAGUACCGUGAGGGCUUUGACUUAGUUGUUUCCCCGCUGGUUCAUGCCCUCUCAGAACCUAACUUCCUGGAAGUGCCCCCCCAGGUUCCUGUAAAGAGGAAAUACUUAUUCACCUUCCAGGGGGAGAGGGUGGAAUCACUGAGAAGCAGCUUGCAGGAGAGCCCUCCUCAGUCAUUUGAGGAGGAGAUGGAAGGAGACCCACCAGCCGACUAUGAUGACCGUAUUAUUGGUACCCUAAAGGCGGUGCAGGACAGCCACCUGGAUCAGGUGCUGGUAGAAUUCACUUGCAAGAACCCUCAGCCAAGCUUGGCCACAGAGUGGGCACUAUGUGGGGAGAGAGAGGACAGGUUGGAGGUCCUCAAAGCUUCUACUUUUGCCUUGGUUAUUUCUCCAGGGGAUGGACAGCUAGUGGCCUCAGCGGGCUGUGGAAUGAGGCUGUUUGAGGCCCUAGAGGUAGGGGCCAUCCCAGUAGUUCUGGGGGACCACUCCAGGCUUCCCUACCACCAGCAUAUCCGCUGGAGUGAAGCUGCCAUUUUAGUUCCUAAGGCUCGCAUCACAGAGCUACACUUCCUGCUGCGUAGCCUAUCAGACAAUGACCUUUUGGCCAUGAGACGGCAGGGCCGCUUUCUGUGGGAAACCUACUUUUCCACCUCAGAGAAUGUUCUUAACACAAUCCUCGCCAGCAUCAGAACCAGCAUCCAGGUUCCUGCUGCACCCAUCAGAGAGGAGCCUGCCCAGGAGAUUCCUCACAAAGCUGGGAAGUUGGCAGGAACUGAUGCCAACCUGGCUGACAACGGUGAUCUGGACUUAGGUCCUGUUGAGACAGAGCCUCCCUAUGCCUCUCCACGCUUCCUCCGCAACUUCACAUACACUGCUGCAGACACGUACAGAACGUGGAACCGUGCCCCAGGACCUUUCCACUUGUUUCCCCACACUCCUCUGGACCCUGUGUUGCCCUCUGAGGCCAAGUUCCUUGGCUCAGGUACAGGCUUUAGACCCAUUGGUGGAGGUACGGGUGGUUCGGGGAAAGAGUUCCAGGCUGCUCUGGGAGGAAAUGUACCCCGGGAGCAGUUCACUGUGGUCAUGCUGACAUAUGAGAGGGAGGAGGUGCUGAUGAACUCCCUGGAAAGGCUCAAUGGGCUGCCAUACCUCAACAAGGUAGUGGUGGUGUGGAACUCCCCCAAGCCUCCCUCAGAUGACCUGCUAUGGCCGGACAUUGGUCUGCCAAUUGUGGUUGUGCGCACAGAAAAGAACAGCCUUAACAACCGCUUCCUACCCUGGGACGCCGUGGAAACCGAGGCCAUCCUGUCCAUUGACGAUGAUGCCCAUCUUCGCCAUGAUGAGAUCAUGUUUGGGUUCAGAGUGUGGCGUGAGGCCAGAGAUCGCAUUGUGGGUUUCCCGGGGAGAUUUCAUGCCUGGGAUGUCAACCACCAGUCCUGGCUGUACAAUUCCAACUACUCCUGUGAGCUCUCCAUGGUCCUGACAGGAGCCGCCUUCUUUCACAAGUACUACGCAUACCUGUACUCUUACGUGAUGCCCCAGGCUAUCAGGGACAUGGUGGACGAGUACAUCAACUGUGAGGACAUUGCUAUGAACUUCCUGGUCUCCCACAUCACCCGCAAACCACCUAUCAAGGUAACAUCUCGUUGGACUUUCCGCUGUCCCGGCUGCCCUCAGGCCCUUUCACAUGAUGACUCGCACUUCCACGAGCGCCACAAGUGCAUCAACUUCUUCGUCAAGGUGUACGGCUACAUGCCGCUGUUGUACACACAAUUCCGUGUGGACUCUGUGUUGUUUAAGACUCGGCUGCCUCAUGACAAGACCAAGUGCUUCAAGUUCAUCUAGUAUUGGGCUGUGUGGCUCAGUGAAGAGCCAGAAGCAGAGUGGAAGGAAGGACUGGCAGCAUGUACAGAUGGCAGGAGUUCUGACUGCUAGUGCUGAUAAGGACUGAUGGAUGGAGGGACGCUGGAUGAACGCACAUGAGGAGAGUUAGAGGUUUGGGGUGAGCGUUUGCCCAAGGAGCGGACACAUUACCCUUAAAAGCUGUUGGCUGGUGCUCAAAACCACAACUUUACUGGAAAUGCCAAUGGAGUGGAAGCGGAGAGAGACUGCUGCCAACAAAAUUUGCCUUUUCAGUGGAUGUUACUAGCCCUUCUUUCAUGUUCUUCAAUCAUGCUUAAUCAUCAACCACUACAGAUGUCAUUUGCACCACUUAACAGCCCGCAGCGGAAAGAGGCUGAUUGUACACGGUGUACAGAAACUCUUCAGGCUAAACUCUACUUGACAAUGGAGCGAAAGGUUACUUAAUGACUGACAGACUAAUGUCAAAUUGUGUCAGGCCUGGCCUACAGUUGACCCGACUGACAGAUAUUUCAAUUGGGAGAACAAAAGUGGCAAGGGCAUAUGUUUGCCAUUGCACUCUUUUUUUUCCAUUUUACAAUUUCAAACUGUACAUUAAUCUUGUAUAUGAAACAUGAGAGAAGCACUGAUGGUCAGAAGUAUUUUAUUGAACAAUCUCUUUUUUUUAAACUGUGUUGUUUUAAUGUGUAAAUCUCUAUGUGGAUUGAACAUUUUCAGAACCUCUGCCUGUGGGAGAUCAGACAUGUUAGUCUGAAAACAAGACAGGACACCUAGACUCAAGAGUAAAACAGGUUGGCCUAGUCAUGUGUUUUUGUUAAGCAGUUAUGAAGAACUUCACUUCAGUGGUCACCAUAAUGCCUCAAAUUAGUCAUGGAAACCAGCCACCAUUCUGACAUUGUUAAGCUCAUAGGCACUACAUUCUUGAUGAGUGUUACAAAUUGUUUUUUAUGCUGGACGUUGCUUGGUAAUGUUUCUUUACCGUUCAGAGAUUGAAAUAGUUGCUUAUGCUUAACCGAUUUUAUUGUUCAGUCAACUGAUAACUAGAUACAGUGUGCUUUACUAAAGUGCAGCAAAAUUGGUUUUCACUUUCUGGCAAAGCCACAAGGUCAGGAAACACUACAUCUGCCAAAAUCAAUCAACAACAGUUAGUUUUCAUACAAAUCAAGGUUAGGACUACACACAUUGUCUCCAAUAAAGUGCAGAAUUAGGAUUAUGGUUGAAAUUUUAGGUAAAAACAGUUCUGGCUUUGGAGCAGGGCCAGAAAGUAACAACCAGUGAACAUCAAGAUAUCAUUGUGAUGGCAGAUGAGUAAACAUAGACAUGUACUGCCGUGUUCAUAUUACCCAUGCCAACAUCUGUGUAGAACUUUCCCACUACAAACAGAAACGUCACUUUCACAGCGUCGCCAUACUGGUUUUACCAUUGCUUGAUGAAUGUUUUCUUUGCCAAAUAGGUACGAUAUCUGCUGAUUCACAGCAUAAUUAGCUGGGUGCACAGCUUGUUGAGAGGAUGCAGUCUGGUGCACCCACUCUGCAUGGUACUACCAGGAGUCACUCCUUUGGAACCCACAUCGUCAUGUACUAUAGUUCCAGUGUCCCUUAUUUGACCUUGUUGAACUCUGUUCCCUUAAUUUGACCAUAGGAUUAACCUAAAAAUGAUACAUUUUUUAAUUAAAAAUAAAAAAUAAUAAAAAAAAAAAAAACAUUAAAGAGACAGAGAUAAGUCUAGGACUAUUUCUCUGUGAGGUUCUAACUGUGAGGCUGCUUUUAUGAAACAAAAACUCCCAUAAGCCCAUGGUUUCUGUAUAUUUAUUGAAUAUAUUAUUAAAAAAAAUAAUUUCCACAGCAGAGGCUCUCUCCUCAAGGGGAGUAAUUUUAAAAUAGAUAAUGACACAUGCAAUAAAAUGAAGUGGACGUUGUGGCUCAUUAUCUCCCAAUAGCAAAGAUGCCCUAACUUGAUUGAGCCCUCUGUGCAUCUCAUUGAAAUGCAAAGGAAAACCAGCACAUGCCACUGCAUGCUUGAGGUGAAACCCCCAUGCUGACCUUGGAGCAGCACUUAGGGAGGUAGAUUACAGGAUAGCCUUAGUUAUUAGAGAGACCAUCCUGUAACCAGAAUGUCACUGGUUCGAGCCCUGCAGCAGCCAGUGGACAUCGAGUGAAGCAUCUUUGAGGUCGAAUGCCUGCCUAACCCAGGUGGCUGCUCCUGCACUCUGACCCCUUCCAAUGAUUUACAAACAGGUGACAAAUUAAAGGAAAAACUCUUAAGUGAUUGAUUGACCAUUGGCAUGUUGGGAAAAAGGGCCCUGAGGGCUGUAUAAUGAACUGGUGUGAAUUGUCUGUACACAAACCUGAACACACAACCAUUUGAAUUGAUCUGUGGUUCCUAUGACAAUGCAAAUGAGUGGUCUCUUCUAGGGUUACAACACCAGAUCACCAGAUCUAAAUCAGAUCAGUCUCAAAAUUCAGAAAUAUUCCACCAUCACCUCCAAAACAUCAAAAUCAUCAGAGUAGGUGUUCACCAAAAGCUACCGAAACAGCUUUAAUGGAUCUUGGCAGACAUUGUAAAAGUGUCCUGAACAUCGCUGAUUAAUGUAAAGUUGUUACUCCACAAUAGGUAAGUUUACGGGGUAGAAAAUGUCAUUCUGGAUGGAUUUCAGAAUUACCUAUCGGUGUUAAAUGUGAUUGACUGUUCGAUGACUGAAAUGGAAUUGGAGAAUAAAAAUGUGCAUUAUUAUACUCGUAUCAAACCACGGGAUCACUGAAGCCAUGUGUAUGGUGGCAUUGUACACCUAGCAGAGGCUACACUCAUUUGCAUAGAAACCAUACCGUAAAGAUGAAUGAAAAUGGUAACUCACCAAAGUCAAUUAAAGAGCCCCUAGAGCCCUGCCUUUAACCUGCCAUGUAUCCCUCGAUCAUCCAGAGGUUUCCUUUAAUUUGCCACCCAUCUCUGUACAUUAGUGUAUAUCCGUUUGUCUCAAAGGACUACUUGAAGGGACAAUUUUUUUUUUUUUUUUUUUUUUUUUUUUUAAAUUACAUUGGUCUGCAAUGGCAAUAGAAGGCUGCAAAAACACUGUCUUGGACCUUUUUUGUUUAACUAGAGUGAAAAAAAUACAAAUCAUUCUAGCCUUUUUUGGAUGAGCCAGACACUGUUGACAUGCAAUACCCCCUACCCACCCCGCUGCUCACAUUUCAGCACUUUUAUUGGAGCUCCAGGGGCCUCAUUAUUACCUGACUGACUCUAAACCAGUCCUCGGGGCAGGGUUUGGGUCAGCUGGUGUCACAGGCGGUAUUUUAGAAUACCCCUAAUACAUAUCCUCCCUGGUUUUUCCCUCUAGGAGCUGUGGCACAGCUGGUUUUCUGUGGCUUGGAGCACGAGAAGGGCCUGGAAGGCCACAGUCAUUCUGCUAGGUGUUUGGAGUUGUGAAACAAUGUGUGCUCGGCUGCGCCUGAUCCACAGCUGUGGGUGAGGCUGCAGCCCCCUGCAAAGCUGUCUGCGCUGUACCUGACUGAUGACUGAUGAGAGCAUCAAGGAUACAGUUGAAGGCAGGAUGAAUGGAAAUAAAAACUCAACGUUGGUAAAACAUU